AUGUAUAAGUCCUGUUUCCACCUACCCUACAAGAAGAAGAAGAAGAAGUGGAGGAGGAGAAGAAGAAGAGGUGGAGGAGGAGGAGGAAGAGAAGAAGAAGAGGUUGAGGAGGAGGAGGAGAAGAAGAAGAAGGAGGAGGAGGAGGAGGAGGAGGAGGAGAAGAAGAAGAAGAGGUGGAGGAGGAGGAGGAGGAGAAGAGGUGGAGGAGGAGGAGGAGGAGAAGAAGAAGAAGAAGAGGUGGAGGAGGUGGAGGAGAAGAAGAGGUGGAGGAGGAGGAGGAGAAGAAGAAGAGAGGAGGAGGAGGAGGAGGAGGAGGAGAAGAAGAAGAAGAGGUGGAGGAGGAGGAGGAGGAGAAGAAGAAGAGGUGGAGGAGGAGGAGGAGAAGAAGAAGAAGAGGUGGAGGAGGAGGAGGAGGAGAAGAAGAAGAGGUGGAGGAGGAGGAGGAGGAGAAGAAGAAGAAGAGGUGGAGGAGGAGGAGGAGGAGAAGAAGAGGUGGAGGAGGAGGAGGAGGAGAACAAAAAGAAGAAGAGGUGGAGGAGGAGGAGGAGAAGAAGAAGAAGAGGUGGAGGAGGAGGAGGAGGAGAAGAAGAAGAGGUGGAGGAGGAGGAGGAGAAGAAGAAGAAAGAAGGAGGACAAGAAGAAGAAGAGGUGGAGGAGGAGGAGGAGAAGAAGAAGAAGAAGAGGUGGAGGAGGAGGAGGAGAAGAAGAGGUGGAGGAGGAGAAGAAGAAGAGGUGGAGGAGGAGGAGGAGGAGAAGAAGAGGAGGAGGAGGAGGAGGAGAAGAAGAAGAAGAAGAGGUGGAGGAGGAGGAGGAGAAGAAGAAGAGGUGGAGGAGGAGGAGAAGAAGAAGAAGAAGAGGUGGAGGAGGAGGAGGAGAAGAAGAAGAAGAAGAAGACCCUAA